AUGGAAAAAAGCAAUUAUUAUCAUAAGAAACAAGAAUUCAUAGAAUCACAGAUUGAGAUACUUCAACAGAAUUUAUUUAGUUAUUCAGAGGAAUGGGCCAAAGAAAAUGAAGAGUCAGAUAAUCGAAUUCCAAAACAAGUUGUAGAUCCAGUGAUAAAGAAAUUGAUGACAAGCAUUAAAAGUCAACAAAAACAAAUUUUUAAUAACCAAACAAUUCGACAAGUUCUUGAUCAACUUCAAUUUUUAUAUUAUCAAAAGCAAAAAAACGCGUUAGAAGGAUAUAUUAGAGUGGAAGAGAGUGAUUUUCAAGAUCCAAAAUGGAUUGAAUCAUUUCCAGAAGAAUGGUCGACAUUGGAGAGUAAUGAAACAUAUAAAGAAGAACUGAAAGUGUGA